AUGGCAAUGCGGCUUUUCCACAGAAUGCAGUUGUAUUCUGCGUCGCAGUUUCUUGCCUAUGAAAAAUCUGCUCAAAUUGGUGGCGCCAUUGCUCCCCUCAACGAGACGCUGUCGGCACAAGCUCUUUCCAUACAGACGCCAUCCGGACUGCCCAGGCUUCAGUUUGUCGCGCUGGUCCCAAUGAGCACGGAAAGCGUCGGAUCAGAUACGGCACACAUGCACUGCUUUUGCUACUUUACCAAAAGUUACUGUAGAUCCGGCCGCUGUAGUCAUUUUUGA